AUGGCCGAACAGAAAGAUAGAUGGUCUGCCAACGCUUACCAGCACUCGGCUUCUUUUGUCCCCAAGCUUGCCACAAAAGUUGUUCAAUGGCUUGAUUUACAGAAAGAUGAUGCCCUUCUCGAUAUCGGAUGUGGAGGUAUGUACUUGAGUCCCAACUUGAACCACAGUCCUGAGACUGAUCAUCUAGAUGGCAUCUUGAAUGCCGAGUUCGCAAAGAUCUUGGCUCAAGGAAGCGGUUCAAUGCAUGGCGUUGAUAGCUCAGCUUCCAUGAUUGAAGCUGCCAGAGAACUGUGCAAAGAUUCUCAGAACUCUACCUUUGACGUCUUGGACGCUACUCAGCUCGUCUCCAGGCCAGAAUUACAAAGAGGAGCUUUCACCAAAGUUUUCUCCAAUGCAGCCAUGCACUGGAUUCUCCGCCCAGAAGAUACUCGUGCUCACUUCUUCAAGGGUGUCUACGCUUCACUGGCCCCAGGUGGUACAUUCGUCUUCGAGAUGGGCGGUUUCGGCAACGUUUCUGAAAUGCGAACUGCUGCUCUUAGUGCUGUAGGCCGCCGCAUCGGCAUGAAAGCCGCCCUUGCAGCUGAUCCAUGGUUCUUCCCUGACGAAGCUUGGGUCACGAAGGCGAUGCAAGACGCAGGCUUCGUUGUUGAACGGACAGAGCGCGAGUGGCGGCCAACACCAACUGACAAAGGGGGUGUUGAGGGCUGGAUUCGACUCAUGGCAAGUCAGUUCUUAGAUGCCAUUUCAGAUGAAAAAGAGAGGGAGGAAGCUGUCCAGGAAUGCGUGGGGGUGCUGAGGGAGGUCUGUCGUAAUCCUUCUGGUGGGGAGACGAUACAUUAUGUGAGGCUCAGAGGCAUGGCCAGGAAGCCUGAAUAG